GCUGGCUGAGUGGCGGGCUGGCUGAAUGACUAAUUGACUGGCUGGAUGGCUAAAUGAGUUAAUGAAUGGCCUGUUAAUGAAUGAGUUAAUGAUUGGCCUGCAGACUGACUCACAGCCUAAAUGACUGACUGGCUGACUGGCUAACUGGCUGGCUGAUUGGCUGAAUGAGGUAAUGAAUGAAUGAAUGGAUGUUUGGCCAGCUGACUGACUCACUACCUGCAUGACUAAUUGGCUGAAUGAGUUAAUGAGUGAAUGAAUGGAUGACUGACUGGCUAACUGGCUGAUUAACUCACCAUCUGGCUGACUGAUUGGUUGACUGACUAAAUGAGUUAAUGAGUGAGUGAUUGGUCAGCAGAAUGGCUCACAACCUUGAUGACUGACUGGCUGAAUGGCUGACUCGUCCUUGUUCCAGUGAAAGGCGAAUACAUUUUUUUUUGUGUUUUUUUUAGUAGGGAAAGGAAGAUAUUAAGUUUUACAUGGGGGAAACGAGGGAACAAAAAGACAGGGAAAGGAAAUAAGAUAAAUAAAUGAAUAAAUGAAUGAAUAAAUAAAUAAAUACAUAAGUUGAUUAAUCAAUAGACUUAUGAAAAGUGCUAUUGUUUGUUUUGUUGUGAUGGAAUGAAAAUGUGUGUCAGCGAAGAAAGGAAACCAGUCUUUAAGUCGGAAAAAGAAGAAUAUAGAAAAUAAACCACUCGUAAAAGAACCGUAAUAUAACAAAUCUGCUCUACUUAUUUCUUGCUUCGGUGAAAAAAAAAAAAGAAGUUAGGGAAAGAAAAGACCUUAAACUUUGCACUCAAACUCUUACAUUGUUAUUUACUUAUUUUCACUCUACGGCAAAUCUGGAACACACAAAUAAUCGAUUUCAGUGGAAUAAAAAGAACACUGGGGAAGGAAAAGACCUUAAACUUUGCGCUCACAUACUUAUUUUCAUAUUUACUUAUUUUCACACGUCGGAAAUUCUGGGAACAAGUAAGCAAUCGAUAAUAAAUGAAAUACACACCUGUACUUCACGUCUGUGGGACUUAACGAGUGUAGGUACUUGGAAUCCUCGAGAAGAUUGCAUCAACUUCAUAUUACAUUCCAAACGGAUUAAAUUUAGAUAAGAUACGUGAAGAUACGUGAAGCAGUUUCCCCGUAUUGCAUUAUAGAGGGGCUGAUCGACUUCACCUGAUUGUUAAGUGCAAAUAUGACGUGCGGUUAUUGGUGAACCGCAUCCUGCUUUGGUUUAGCUAACACGUGACUCCUGAGACUUGUUAACUGACUAGUCCUUAAUCACUGCGACACGAAACAAUUAGCAGCACCAGAAGCAAUGCGUGAAAUCUUUACAUGCAUCUACAAGAAAGUUAGCGAUGAAAGGAAUAUAUUUUGCAAUUUCUAGUCGGUUUGAAGAUUGGAUGUGGCAGUGGAACAAGUAAAGAUGUCUCAGAACGGAAGGUGUACCAAGUGCCAAUCAAAAGGUUAAGUUGAAUGAUAGACUGAUACACUUGUUAAACUGACUGACUGAGUGACGGAUUUAAUGGCUGACUGACUGGUUGGAUGGUUGAGUGGAUGGAUGGCUGACUGACUGGAUGACAGACUAGAUGAAUGAUUGAAAGACUGGCUUACUGAUUGGAUAAAUGGCUGACUGACUGAUUAAAUGACUGAAAGAUUGAAUGGCCGAAUGACUGACUGAUUAAGUGGCAGACUGACUAACUGGCUUCUAAUUGGAUUGACUGGAUGGCUGGCCGUUUGGAUGAGUGACUGACUAACUGACUACCUGACUGACGGGUUGGAUGACUGGAGAAUGUGUGACUGGCUGACUGGAUGGCUGUCUUGAGUGAGUGAGUGAGGAAAUUAAGAAUGAGUGAAUGAAUAAAUGAAUAAUUACUGACUAAAACAACGAUCGGCUAAGUGAAUAACAUGACUGACUGACUGACUAACGGACUGAUUAACCUGACUAACCAACCAGCUGAUACGAAUGAUAGAUAGCUAAGAGAGAGAGAGAGAGAGAGAGAGAGAGAGAGAGAGAGAGAGAGAAUGAUUACGUCAAAAACCGAACCAUUACGUAACGCAAACAAGACUGACUGACGUGAGCGUGCAGAGUCUCACGUCACUUGUCACCGCGUUCGUAGUGAAACAGGCGUAUCUUAUUUCCGGGCUGAAGUUCUUUUCUCAGAUAAGAUAGAGCAGAAAAAAAAAGGGAAGAGAUAGAAGGGUUCGUGAUAAUGGUGAACGAGAGGGAGAUAGUGAUUGGACUCUGAGUGGUGAUGGGUGCUUGUGUGCUUGUGGUGAUGUUAUGGUGAUUAGUGACAGCCACUCCACGCAGGAAACAUCGACUUUUGAGUUCUAAGUGUGUACAGAAAAAAAUAACAUCAGUCUUCACAAUAUCUAAUCUUUUGAUGCACAAAAGAUGAGAGAUGGUUCUUCUGUAUUGUGCACCUGAGUUCACCAGCGCGUCCAACACAGCCAGCCGCCGCAGCGACACACUCCAGCAGUGGCGGUGAAGCCUCUCGCCUUGUGGUGUGUGCUGACGCGCGGCGGGGAGUGGGGCCUGCCCUUCACCUGCUGCUGCGGAGGCGCGUGAGAGCAUGAGUGACUGUGUGGACGACAGGACGCCCCUACUGCAGCCCUUUGUCCGGGGCAGCUCCCUCCGAACCCCCGUCAGGUUAUACAAGGCACCUCCAGACAUCUACACCCAGAACCCCAUCUAUGCCCCCAACUGCAAGCCUCCACUGCCACCCCGCCCCGCCGAGUGGCUGCAGAGACGGCCUCUGCUGAGGAGGUCUCACUCUGUCAACGAGGGGGAGCGCAAGGAGACCCAAAUCCCUCACUUCAGCCAUGUACCAGCCCAGCAGGUGCUCGGCGCUGAGGAGUGGCGUGCCCCCGCGGUCCUUCCGCCCCUCCACAGGAACCGCAUCGCCCCUGCCACGGGGGACGCCACAGCGGUGCCUCAGAGGGACGCUUAUGGGAGAAGCGAGGAAAAUCACCCACGAAAUGGCUACCCGUUCGCAUCCAUGCCGCGCUUCAAGAGGACUCACCACGCCUCGCCGCCGCCUCCCUCGUCAGACAUGCGCAGGCUGGGAAUGUCUACCUUCCGCAGAGGGCCGCCCUCACCCUCCCCCAGCAGGCGGGCGGCCACGCCGACGGACGAGAGAACGAGUGCGAGAAAGGAAAGGUCAUAUGAUUCAAAACUUCCAACUUUUAGCGACAACUCGUUUUUAAGAAGGUUUUGUAGAAGUGGAAGGUCGCAGACACCACCGCCUCCCUGCCCGUCACCUUCCCCCCUCCGCUCCCCCGUCACCUACAGGAGGGAGAUCCCUGUCCCUCAGUCACCAGAUCCAUUCAGGAGGUACGGCAGUGUGCCCAUGAAGAAAUCCGAGUAUCCGCCACACCCUGGGAUCGGUGACGCCGGCGGGAGGUCCAGCUCCUUCAGACACCCCAGGCUGGAGAGGACCCGCUACUCCGCCGCGGCAUCACAGUUGCCGGUCCUGUCCUCGCACCUCACCAUGGACGAGAAAUACCCACUCCUGGACACCAACUUCCAGAGAUACGGGACGACUGACGACGGCCAGGGUGGAGGGUGGAGCGCCAGGACGCCGCCGCCGCAUCGCAGAGAUUUGCCCCACGUGCACCCCGACUGGCAACGCACCCAUUACAUCAUAGCUGCCGAAAGACGUGACCCAAGGCGUUUCUCCUACCUCCGCAUGCCCGAGUCGCAGACACAGAGCCAUGUGUCCACCGCCCUCGCUGGAGACCUGCCCGCCUCCUCCACCACCUCCUGCUCUCUCCCAACCUCUCCCAGACCACCUCGAUCUUUGGAUAUGGACGACAGGAGUUCAACUCUGCGAUCAUGGGAGAGAAGUCACAGCGGCGCCCUGGAUAGUGAUGACCUCGGCGUUGGGCCGCAACGCAGAAUCAUCAGCAGUCCAUCUCUGAGCCUGUGUCGCGUCUCCUCGGAUAGCGGGUACAGCACGUGCAGCAACAGCAGCGCCGCCUCCAGGAGUGACUCAGUCGUGUCAGACAGCGAGGGCGACAUGAUCGCGUGGUUCGGCAGCCGCCUCAACCUGAGGGAUGAGGAGUCCUUGGCCACCAAGUCCGCCACUGACCACUUCUCCUACCUGAUGGAGAAGGAGGAGGAGUACCUGGUGUGUCUGCGCAGCAUCCUCAGGGACUACCAGGACAUGAAUUCCAAGACGCCCUCACUCAUCCGCCAGCACUUCGACCUCAUCUUCAAGCAGGUGGAGGUGAUCUACGCCUUCCAAAUGGCACUGCAGGACAGCCUGACGGAAACGCGCGGGCAGCCGGAAAAGCUGGCUCGAGUGUUCACCAACGAGCAGUUCCAGUGCUACAGCCGCUACAUGGUGAUGACGCCAGCGGUGCAGCGAGAUCUCCUGCAAUACGCCAGCCACUUCAAAGAACACUUCCCGGACCUUAAGCGUAACAUCCUCAAGCCUUCCCUGCGCAUCAACUUCUACGCCAUGAUCCUGGACAGCUUCAAGAAGGAGGCGUCCCAGGAGGUGAAGAGCAAGUUGCAGGAAGCCAUCGACUACCUGAAUCAAGUGAAGCGCAAAGCCAACACGGAGAUGACCCUGAACACAGUGAUCCACAGCCCCGUGGACCUCAGGCUGGGGGGUGACAUGCUUUACAUCGGAGAGCUCAACUACAUAGGCGGCGGAACGCUCCAGAAGAAGAAGUACCAACUCAUUCUUUUCGAAAAUCUUCUUGUUAUUACGUCCAUGAAGCCUCCUUACUUCAAGUACAAGACUCACUACCGGGUGGAGCAGCUGGAGUCUGUGGUGGCCUCCGGAGACAACGAACUGCACCUCAACGUGCUCUCCGAGGGACAGACGCAGCUGGCCACGCUCAAGUUCAGGAUCAAGAGCACGAAGAUCAGGGACGAGUGGAUCAGCGAACUGCAGAAGAUCACCAGACGCAACACCAAGCUGACGCAAGGCCGAGGCUCCGUCAGCAAGUUACAAAUACCACGUCAGCAGUUCCGCACGCUACCCCUCGACCUGUCCCGCGUGUUCCCGCUGCUGAAGGAGGUGGUGAUGGACGACGCAGCGGGCGAGGCGGGGCGGGAGCCGGUGGACGGAUACAGCUUGCCCAACAUGAAUCAAUACGAAGAGAUGUACGUUAACAAGCUUUCCUCAUUACUCAACCCAGAGAUACAGAGACCGCCUGAGGCUCUCGGCGACCUGCUGGAGAAGCUUCAUCGCCUCCACAGCAAGAAAUUUCUACCUGCCCUGCAAAGGUCACAGAAAGUGAGUGACUUCGCUGACUACUUGGCAGAGAACCUGGAGGAGCUGCAGGUGUACAUUGACUACCUAGUGGUUCGGUCUCAGCUGACGGUCAAGCUGGACGAGGAACCCCAGGCCGGCCCGUACAUCUGCCCCGUGCAGCACGUGUACGGCAUCUACUUCGGGUUCAUGAAGGAACUGUGCACCUCAGAGAAGUGUAAGAAGUCCGCCCAGCGUGUCAUGAGAAGGCUGCGGGAGGAUAUAGAUCUGGCGCAAAUACGGGUGCUGAAGGAGGCCAUCGUGAACGGCCGCGUAGACUUCCAGCGCAGCGGCAUCCUGCUGCUGUCCAGCCCCAUGGAGGUGAAGACUCGCAAGAAGGAGAUUCGUGCGGGGGAGUACAUCGCAUUGCUCUUUGAGAACGUCAUUAUCCUCACCAGACCGAAGCAGCCCUAUUACGAGUACGUGAUGGACAUCUGGCUGGACCAGGUGAACCUCGGCCCGCCAACCAACCACGACUGCACCUUCAGGGUGGAGGUGCGCCAGGGCGGCAGGAAGGAGCCUAUCACCUACGAGAUGUGCGCCACCAGUGCCGAGGUGAAGCAGAAGUGGAUGAGGAGACUCCACCAGCAGAUGUUGGUGCAGGUGGCGAAGAUUAGGGAACGUGUGGCCUCGGCAGGGGACUCAGCGGUGGGCGGGAGUCGCUAGUUAGCGGGGACGCGUCAGGCAGCGAGGAUUGCUAGCUACUAGUCACUCACACGGUUGCAGGGGAGGCACCGGGAGCCGGAAGGCGCUGGUGUGUCAUUCACAUGCCAUUCAACUGUACUUCGAUUCGGCACGUAAGUAGUCAAGAAGCGACCACCACUGAGGAAGACGCCGCUGAGUUGUGAGGAUGUGUGAACAAGUGUCGCGGAUACUCGUCGAUAGUGUGCUCCACUCGUGCCUCCUUACGGACACUCAGGACGCCAGACCACUCCAAUUCCUCUGCGUGCACCCGACCAAAGUGUGGUGUUGAGCACCGACUGAGUCUGAGCCUGGGAGUGCAGCAGCAGCAGCAACACACUGCUGUACAGGAGUGGCCUCCCUCGCCCUGACACACUUGCUACACUGUUGCCGAACACGUGAUCGCCAGCCUGGUUGUUCAUUCAUGCUCACUUGUCGCCUUGAGGCGCGUGAACACACGGGGCGCUCAGUGUGGUCACCACGUAGGUGUGCUGGGAACACUCUCGUGCACGUAGGACAUUAGUGAUAACAGGACAGUAUUGUGUAUUGCUUCCAUGUGUCUCAAGGUAGAGGAGUAAGUGAAUAGUUAUCUUAAUUUGUGUCUUUGUUUUGUGGAUGUUUUCUAAAGAUUACAUUUAUAUUUUAAAUGAAGCAGAAUUAUUUCUUUUUAACUUAGACGAAGGAAGGAGGUGGUCUUGCCUGAUUCUCUGCACCAGACUCUCGAUUCCUUCCUGCGUAGCAUUCUCAGGUGUAUCUUGUGCCGUCUGAAUAUAUAAUGAACACUGCUUUCCUUG